UGCUGUGAAUGGCUAAUGCUCUGAUUGGCUGAUUUUCUUCUGCAGAAGUACCGUGUCCUGGUGUAUAACGGGGAUGUGGACAUGGCCUGUAACUUCAUGGGGGACGAGUGGUUUGUGGAGUCUCUGCAGCAACAGGUGGAGGUGCAGAGGCGUCCCUGGCUCUUUGACGAUGUGAACGGUCGGCAGGUCGGAGGCUUCGUCAAAGAGUUCGACAACAUCGCCUUCCUGACUGUGAAGGGUUCUGGUCACAUGGUUCCAUCAGAUAAACCAAUCGCUGCCUUCGCCAUGUUCUCCAGAUUCAUCAAGAGGCAACCCUACUGACCUCUGACCUCUCUGUGACCCCCGUUCAGUUUGGGCUCUCUGGGCAUUUAUGUUUGUUUAUAUCUUUCUUCCUGUCACUGCCAGCCAAUCAGCUGCCCUUACAGCUUUUAACAUUUUUGUAAAUGAAUCGCCUCAACCUCCAGCCAAUCACAGCGCUCCACUCGGCUGUUGCCAUGGAAACGAAACUGCCGCCUGUUUAUGUUUGAAUGUGAAUCUUGUUUCUGAAUAAAGGGAAAACCAGGAAAUAAAGUCUGAACUCUGACCUUCA